AUGAGUCUUGAUGAUUCAUAUGAAGCGGAUAAAACUUUGAGGAAUGUAAAUUAUUACCUUAAUUUAAAUCAAACAUUUUUUGGAUUUAUUGGAUUUUUCGGAUCUAGAACAAUACAAUCUGUAUAUAAAAGAUUAACAUCACUGGGUUAUCCACUUAUUGGUAGCUAUACAGGAGCUCAAUUUUUAAGAACACCUUUCAAUAGAAAUAUUAUUAAUGUUGUAAGACCAUCAUAUUAUGAUGAAGUUGUUUCAUUACUUGAUUAUUUAUUUUAUAAUAAGGAUGCAAGAAAAAUUUCAAUAUUUUAUCAAACCGAUAUAUUUGGAUCUGAUGCAUUCACAGGUGUUGUUGAAUCUUUACAAUAUUUUGGUGUUAAAUUAUGUUCUCAAAGUCCUUAUAAUGUUACAACAAAUAAUUUAAAUGAUAUUGAACAAUCUGUAAAACAAUUAGCGAAAUGUAAUCCAGAUUCAAUUAUUAUUGUUGCAUUAACAAAUGCAACUCAAACAUUUUUAAAUCAUGUUGUAAAUUCAAAUCUUUUUAGAAAAGAUAUUAAUAUUGUUGCAACAUCCAUUAAUAGUGAUACUUUAGUUAGAGUAUUGGGAUAUAAUAUUUCUUCUAAAAUAAUUUUUAAUCAAGCAGUUCCUGAUCCUAUUGAUAUUACAAAUCCAUUGGUUGCUUCUUUUCAAAAAGCAAGAAAAGUUUAUGAUCCCAACUCUAAAGAUUUUGGAUCUGUUGCAGAGUUAGAAGGAUAUUUAAUUGGAAAAUUUACCUAUAAUUUAUUACAACGAACUAGUGGUAAUUUAACUAGAAAUAAUUUUUUGAAUGAAUUAUAUUAUUCUCAAGAAAUUUUAAUUGAUAGAAUGAGAAUUGGAACUUUUACUGAUUGUUCAAAUUCUUCAGGAUGUUUAAAUGAGUGUAAUCAAGGAUCUAAAACUUUUUGGAGAGAUAGAGUAACAAGUGAAAAUAUUCUUAAAACUGUUGAUGUUUUUACAUGGUAUUCUGUUUGUACAUCAACACCUUCUUCAAUAAGAUUUCCUUAUUUAAUUGGUCAAAUUGUUUUUAAACAUGAAAAUUAUUCCAAAAUUAAUACAUUUUUAAAAGAAGGUAUUUAUAAUGGAUUAUCUUUAAAAAAUAUUAAUGGAAAUGAGAUUCACUUAUUGACCUUAGAGUAUGAAAAUUUUCAAGAUUUAAUUUCUAAAACUAUUGAAUUAAUAACAUCCUAUAAUGUAGUUGCUAUUACUGGUAUUACUGGACUAGAUAAUUUUAAUGAACAAGAACAAUUAAUAUUUAAAAAUUUAUUCCUUCAAAACUUUACAGAAAUACCCAUUAUUGGCUUAAUUACAGAAGAUCCCAAUCUAAUGUCACCAAGUGGAAGUAAUUUUCUACCAAGUUUUAUAAAUCUGAAAACAAGUGUUAUUGAGCAAAUUGCUACAUUAUUGGAAUAUACAUUUGAAAGAGGAUUUACUAGAAUUUCUAUUGUUUAUGAUUCAAAAAAUUACAAACAUAUUUAUGAAUAUUUAUCAAAAUUAUUAAAAAUUGUUAAUUUAGAAAUAGAGAGUGAACAUAACUGUGAAGAAAAUAUUUUAUUUAAUGCAACUAUCAAUCCUCAUGCAAUACUUGUCUCUUGCAAUAAUGUUAAAAAUGUAAUUGAACAAAUUGAUAAUUAUUCAAAUUUUAGAAAUGAUGGACUGUUAUUAGUUUUAAAUGAUAUUUUUCUUUCUGAUAAUAUUAACAAUUUAUUUAUCAAAAGAAAAUUAAUUUAUAGCACUCCAUUUAAUCAUUUCAAUAAUAGUUCUAUUUAUUUAUUAGAAUUAUUUUCAAUGAAUACUAAAUAUACUCAAAAUCAAGAAUAUUUCAAAUCUGAUAUUGCAAUUGAGGGUUUUUAUAUUGGAGAUUUUAUUUCCUUUAUUAUGGAUAGCCUUUCAGAUGCUGGAAAACCAAUUACUGGUAAAAGUUUUAUUGAAUAUCUAUAUUCAAUAGAGAAUAUUAAUCUUCAUGGUCAAGUUAUUGGGACAUUUAGUAAUGUAAAAUUACCUUUAUGUAAUUUUGGAAUAAGGCAAAGAUAUGUUUAUCAACUUAAAGAAAAAUUAACUGAGCAAGUUUAUACUUCUAAAUUUAGUACUGAACAAUGUGGUUUACAACAAGCUAUUCAAAGUUUGGAUUCUUCAUCAUACUCAAGACCUUUUCAAUUUAUUAAAUUAGUUAAAACAUCAGUCAAAUAUUAUACAGAUAGUGUUAUAGUUGAAUAUCAGGAUGAUUUUAUUGAAGGUGUUAAUUCUUACUUUUUAAAUCUAAAAGAAGAUUCUUCAAAAUAUUACCCUUUUACCUUUCAAAUUGUAACAAAACUGUAUACUGAUAACAAUGAUGUGAAAAGUAUCAUCAAGGAUCUUAUCAGUAAGCAACACAUGUUUGCAUUUAUUGACCCUGAUAUCUCUGAUACGCUUACUGCAUCCUAUCUCAUUGAACAAAGUAAUAUUAAUCAAAUACCAAUAAUAUCAUCAGAAUCUUCUAAUUUAAUAUUUAGAAAAUUUUCAAAAAAUGUAUUUAAUCUAUUACCAUCCAUAAUUGAUCAAAGUGUCGCCCUAAUUAAUUAUUUUAUAAGUAAUUUUCCAUCAAAGUCCAUAAUCAUACUUUUGGAAAAUGAUAAUUAUUGGUAUGAAAAUGAUUGGAUUAAUGAUCUAUCAGAUAUUUUGGAAGAUGGUUUUGUCAUUAAGAUUAAAAUACAGUCUCUUAACACUUAUAGACAAGUUAAAGACGAUAUUUUAUUAAUAUUUACUCAACCUAAUAAUUUUAUUCAAUAUUAUUAUUCAAAUAUCCAUAACUUGCAAGACAAACCAAUUAUUGGGCUUAUUUCUGAUAUUUAUAAUACAAUAGAGAUAUCAGAAUUUUUAUAUUCGCUUAAUGAUCCUUCAUUCAUUUAUACACCAGUUAUUGAGCUACUAAACGUAAGCUCUUAUGUUACUACAAAAUUUCAUCAAGUUUUUCAAAACUAUAAUUCAACUUUUCCCUCUUCCACUAACAAAGUAUUGAAUGGAUUUAUAACGGCAUUGUUCAUUGAUGAAGUAUUUGAAUCAUUUAUCAAUUUGAAAAACAAGUCUCGAGCUGACUUUUUAAAGAAAGUAUAUGAAAUUUCCUCUUUUGAAUUAGGAGAUCUUAAAAUUGGCUCAUUUAUAGAUUGUACGUCUACCAAUAACAGUCAAUGUAUGAGUUGUAAUCAAGGAAUAAGAUCUAUGAUAAUAGCGAAAACAAUAAGAAUUGGAGAUUUUGUUCAGUUAAUAGAAUCAGGAAGAUAUUCUUACGAAACAUGUGGUGUUGUAGCAUCAACAAAAGACUUGACCAGCCAUAUUUUACUGUUCGUACUUGUUAUACUAAUUACUCUUGUUAUUAUUAUGAUAAUCUUACUUUCUAUUUUAAUAUCAUACAAGAUAAUAACUAAAGGAAAAGAAUCACAAUAUGCACCAAUAUCAAAAGGUACAUUUGCAUUUACAGAUAUUCAAAAUUCAACAUUUUUGUGGCAAACAAAUGAGAAGGCAAUGAAAAUUGCUCUUUCAAUUCAUAACAAAAUUAUGAGAAGAAAUAUUAAGAUAUUUAAAGGAUAUGAAGUUAAAACAGUAAGUAGAAAAUAA